AUGGCCAACGCGAAGAAACGUGCUGGCGCGACGACGUCCGAUGAAGCGUCGACCAAGAAGUCCAAGGGCGACUUGUUUCAGGGUGUGAACAUCCAGUCCAUCAUGAACGCCGAAGGUCCAGUGGUGAAAUGCGUCCUCCUCAAGGCUGACGGGUCCAUCGAAGAGGUCACGGUGGACAUGACACCCCAAAAGCAAGAGGUCAAGGCGCUGCUCGGUGGCGCAUGCCAUUUCCUGGGCCAAUACGAAGACAUCGAGGUGUUCCUCAUGUGCAACCCCGAAGCCCAAGAAGACGAGAGCUUGCCCGUGACGGCGCAGAAGAUGCAGCCGCCAUUCCACGGGCGCCUGGGCGAAAUCCGCGGCGACAUUUUGAUCUUCCGCACCGACGCCAGCGGCGAGCAGCAGGACUUCACCGUCGAGGAAUACAAGGCGUUCCAAGCACUGACGCUGCCCGAGUGGGAGCCCGAGGACGACGACGACGAUGACGAGAGCGAGCCAGACGAAGACGACGAGUCGUACAAGAAGGCGGCGUUGGCAUACCUUACCGAGGAAUUCGUCGAAUUACACGGUCGGCAGCCCACAGACGAAGAGCGCAAGGACAUUCAAGACAAGGUGGAGGCGGAGAUGGCCAACAGCACCGACCACCCGGAUGCAAGCGAGGUGGCGCUGCAGUAUUUUAUCACGGAAUUCGUCGACGAAAACGGCCGGGAGCCGACCGAGGACGAGCUGAACGACCUCAAGGAGCGCGUGGCGGAGGAGAUGGAGAAGCUUGUGGUGUCGGACAACGACGACGACGACUUUGGGGACGUCGAGGACAUUGGCGAACUCAUCAAAGCCCUGAUGGCCGAGGCGGUCGUGCGGUUCACCAAGGAGCACGGCCACGAGCCGGACGAAGACACUGCCAAGUCGAUUCUGAAAAAUGUCACGCGCAUUGCGCUGACUUUACAAGGCGACGACCAGGACGUCCAGGAUGAAGCGACUGACGAAGGGAGUGACGAUGACGAAGGAGGUGGUGACGAAGUAGAGGGCAAAGCAUAG